AUGGAACUUCCCUUAUCUUGCAUCGAACGUAGAGUUCAAAAGAUAAAGAAAAACAUAUUCUCAUCCAAUUUUGAUGUAUAUUCUUUUGUAAGUUUUUCUGCUUACGAUACAGCAUGGUUAGCAAUGAUACCUGAUUCAAAAUAUCCUUCACAACCAAUGUUCAAGAAUUAUUUAGAAUGGUUGCAAAGCAAUCAAAAAGCAGAAGGGUUUUGGGGAGAGAGUGACAACAUUGAAUGUCUUCCAGCAACUAUUGUUUCAAUGGUUGCACUCACAAAGUGGAACACUAGCACAUUAAUGGUAGAGAAAGGACGGUUAUUUAUUGAUGCAAAUAUUGAUAAGCUACUGAAUGAAGUAAAAGAAGAUUGUCCUCGAUGGAUCGCUAUUAUUCUACCGGCAAUGAUUGAACUUGCUGAUACAGUUGGUUUAGAUUCUCUCUUCCCACACUCAUCAAGAGACACUAUGUCCUACAUUAUUAACCGUCGCAAAGCCAUUCUUAACAAGGAGAGAGAUGUUGGUGAUUUUCAUUGUUACACUCCAUUACUGGCAUAUCUUGAAGCUCUGCCUUCAAGUUAUGUUGAUGAAAAAGAUAUAUGUAAAAAUUUGAGUCAAGACGGUUCAUUGUUCCAAUCUCCCUCUGCUACCGCAAAAGCAUACAUGGAUUCUGGAAAUAAAAAAUGUCUCUCAUAUUUACUGUCCUUGUCACAAAGAUGUCCAAAAGCAGUUCCACAAGCAUAUCCCAUGGAUGAGGAUCAUAUAAAGCUAUGCACUGUUAAUCAACUACAUAGGUUUGGAUUGGGACACUACUUUGAGGGGGAGAUCGAAGUACUGUUGUCACAAGUUUAUCGGAAUUAUAAUAAGGAGGCGAAUUCACCAGAAAGAGCAUUGAAUAUGAAUAAUUUGCAGUUUCAGAAAGAUAUUAUAGCAUUUGAACUCCUAAGAACAUAUGGAUUCAAAGUAUCACCAUUACGAUUUUGUUGGUUUCUAAAUUACAAAGAAAUUAAAGAUGAGAUUGAGAAUAAUUUCGAGCACUUCUCAAGUGCAAUGCUUCGCGUCUUCAUAGCUUCAAAUUUAAUGUUUUGUGGAGAAUAUGAACUCGAAGAUGCUAGAACCUUUUCAAGGAAAAUACUUCAAAAAAUCGUUUCGACGGGGAAAGGAGGCUUAUUGCGACAGAUAGAGCACGAGUUGAGUUUUUCAUGGUUUGCUCGCUUGGAUCAUUUAGAGCAAAGAGUGUGGAUAGAAGAAACAGAAGCUAAUGUUUUAUGGAAAGGAAAAACAUCAUAUAACAGGGUCUCAUGCAUCUAUAAUGAUGAAUUUCUACAACUUGCAACUCUAAACUUUGAGUUUAAGCAAUUGAUAUACAAAAAUGAGCUUAAGGAACUUAAGAGGUGGACUGAAAAGUAUGGUAUGAGUGAUAUGGGAUUUGGCAGAGAAAAAAGCACUUACUCUUACUUUGCUGUUGCUGCAAGUUUAACAUCCCUCCCUUACGACUCUUACGUACGAAUCCUCGUAGCUAAAACUGCAAUUAUAAUCACAGUUGCUGAUGAUUUCUUUGACAGUGUUGGUUCUCUCAAUCAACUAGAAAUUCUCACCGAAGCAGUUCAAAGAUGGGAUAGUAGAGGCCUAAGUAGCCACAGCAAAGUUAUAUUUGAUGCACUUGAUGAUCUUGUGAGUGAAGCUUCUAGAAAAUAUCUCCAACAAGAAGGAACAUGUGAUGAUAUCUCAGGAAGCUUAAAAGAUCUAUGGUAUGAAGUUUUUCUGUCAUGGCUCAUAGAAGCAAAGUGGAGCAGAAAUGGACACAAACCAUCCAUUGAUUGUUACCUCAAAACAGGCAUGACUUCAAUUGGCGCACAUAUCUUGGUGCUUUCGUCUUCAUGUUUUCUGAAACCAACCAAGAAACUUAGGCUAACACCAUAUGAACCAUUAACAAAACUAUUAAUGAUCAUUUCUCGUUUAUUAAAUGAUGUCGAGAGUUAUCAGAAGGAAAAGGAAGAAGGGAAAUUGAAUUAUGUUUUGGUAAACAUGAUGGAGAAUCCUGAAUUUGAAAUUGAAGAUUCAAUUGGAUUUGUGAGAGAGAUAAUUGAGAAAAAGAAGAAAGUGUUUCUUGAACUUGUUCUAAUUGAUGGAUUAAGUGAUUUUCCCAAAUCUACCAAACAGCUUCAUCUAUCAUGUUUGAAAGUUUUUCAGAUGUUUUUCAACUCUAAAAACAGAUUUGAUUCUAAUACAGAUUUGGUGGAAGAUAUAAACAAAGCAAUAUAUCUUCCUUUGAGUAGAACUUCAAAGUGUGUCUCACCUCAAACAUUUCCAAAGAAGAAUACUAUUAUAUCAAAACUUCAUAUGAAUUUUCCUUUCAAACCUUAUAGCAAGAUGAAUUUUAGGGGAAUGAGGUUGAUGACUCCUAAAAUUGGGUUUGGAUUCAUUUAA